AAUUCAACUGUCGAGUUGAAUCGACGCGAACUCCGAUUUCUGAAUGUUUUCUGUGCAUUUUAUUCGCGCUUGCGCUGUACAUUAAGUCUGUCAAGGCCAGCAAUAAAUGUCUCGCUUUGUGUUUAUUGUGGGUUUUUUCGCGAUCAUUGGCUUCACACAAUGUUCAGCAGCAAAAAUUCUCUGCGUUUUCCCAACGCCAAUUCGGUCGCAUUUCAUUUUUGCGUCCGGAUUGAUGAAGGGUUUGGCUGAAGAGGGUCAUCAAGUGACGGUUUUGAGUAGUUUUCCCGCGGAAAAGCAGCUGCAGAACUACAGACACAUUCAAAUUGCAACAGGAGCACAAGCUGAUCGGAAAGAUCUCAUGGAGAAAUUCCCUCUCGAGGGAUGGUCUCACUUUGGAACACUGCGACUUACUGUCAAUAUACUUCGUCAAACACUCCAAGCAGCCAAUUUCACUCUGCACACCGCGGAAUUCCAGAGAAUAGCCAGAGGAGAGUCAUUCGAUCUCAUUUUCGUGGAGAUGUUCUUCAACACAUUCCUCAUUGGACUCGGAGAUCACUUCAAAUGCCCCGUGAUAACGAUUUUUUCAGCCCCCGCGACAGAAUUUAUCAACGACAUGAGUGGAAAUCCAUCGACAGUUGCAUUUGUACCUCAUUUCCUACUGGGAAAGGCCACAGAGAUGACCUUUUUCAAUAGAUUCCGGAAUUUUGCCUUCGUCGCUGUUGAGAAGUUCAUUUGGGCUAUCAUCAAUUGGAGAGAGAAAAUCUACUACGAACACAACUUUCCCAGUCCAAAGUACAAAACAUACGAAGAGAUGAAGAAGAAUGUCAGUCUGAUCUUCGUCAAUGAUCACUUUAGCGUCAGUCCAUCGAAGGCUUUCGUGCCAAAUGUCAUUCCGGUUGGAGGACUUCAUGUUAAAACCACUCCAGAUCAUCUGCCUCAAGAGAUUCAAGAUUUUAUCGAUGAAGCUGAAUUUGGAGUAAUUUUCUUCAGCUUGGGUUCCAACAUGAAAACAUCCUUCCUUCCACCGGAAAUGCUUAAGACUCUCAUUGCGACGCUUUCGAAACUCCAGCAGAAAGUCCUCUUCAAAUGGGAAGAUGAUGAUUUAGCGGAUCUCCCGAAGAACGUCAUGAUCCAGAAAUGGAUGCCACAAGCUGAUAUUUUAGCUCAUGAAAACGUGAAACUCUUCAUAUCGCAUGGCGGUUUGGGCGCCAUGAAUGAAGCCAGAUGUCAUGGAGUUCCCAUUGUUGGAAUUCCCUUUUUCGCUGAUCAGCUACUCAAUCUGGAAGCAGCUGAGCAAGAGGGAUGGGCAGUGGUCUUGGAUUCCAGAGGACUAACAGAAGAAAAUCUCUCCGCAGCCAUUAAUGAAGUCCUCAGCGAUGCGAAAUACCAAAACGCCGCGCGAAGAGCUUCGAAUCUCUUCAGAGAUCGUCCAAUGACAGCUCUGCAGACGGCAAUUUACUGGACAGAAUACGUCAUCAGACACAGAGGAGCUUCUCAUCUCAAGUCCAAAGCCGCCGAUCUUCUCUGGCUCCAGAAAACAUCGCUGGACGUCGUGGCAGUUUAUCUUGUUUUGUUGUGGUUUAUCGGAAGACUUUCGAUAUCAUUUGCUAUUUUCUGGCGGAGAAAACACUCCAGAAGGAUAAAUUUAGCUUCAAAGUCGAAGCAGAAUUAAUCACUGACUGAAAUUAUAGUUUUCCUUGUCACCCUGAAAGGGUUAAACACUGUGGAUGAAUAUGAAAUUUUUGUGUGAUUAUUUUAUGAGUUCCCAGAAUUUAUCACUGUUUCAAUUCUCAUGCAUAAAAAAGAAUUUAAAGCACUUUUAAAUCUCAUCUGGCCAAAAUGAUUAAACGACCAUUAAUCAUCAUUUCGAAGUACACAAUGUGCAUAAGCCAAAUAUCAAUGUAUAUCACUAAGCAAACACAAAGUUCGGUGGUAAAUUUCAUCCAGUAUAAAAUUGUGGGUGAAACAUGAGCGGAAAAACCGCACUCGCGGGUUUCAAUUAAAAAAUCAUAAUUCACCGGCUUACCGCAAUGCCGAUGUACUUUAUAAUUCUCUUUCGCUGGGCAUUUGUUGACGCUGUUGCGGAUUCGCGUUGCUUGCAUUCACCAAUUAUUCUGCUUUUCUAUUUGGCCAUAGAAUGUCAAUAAAAAUGCCUACAAAAUUCGGCACACUGAUUGGGAAACUCAAUUUAUCAUUGAAGGGGGUUGAAAAUUGAAUUGACAAAUUCGAGGUUUGAUAUGAAUACUAUUUGUAGUUGUGAAAUAACAUUAAA